GAUUCCUGCAAUUUACUGAGAGAGCAACCAAGACAAGAAAUAAAAUCACAGUUGAUCCCAGAAUGUUUCAGCCGAAGAUUUUUGAAGUAAAAGGUGACCGAAACUGUCCAGUUCAACUGUACUUGUUGUUUAAGAAUAAGAGACCAGACUUAUCUCCACAAGGAAGGUUUUAUCUAGGUAUCAACCAUAAAGUUUGUUCAGAUGAUGAGCCCUGGUACAUGAAAACACCGAUGGGAAAAAAUACCCUAGGAUCCAUUGCCAAAACGAUUAGUGAAAAGGCUGGAUUUUGUGCAAGGCACACCAAUCACUCUGGCCGAAAAACAGCUAUAACUAAAUUGUUGGAAGCUGGGUGUCCACCAACGGAGGUCGCACAAUUAUCAGGACAUAAAAAUAUCCAGAGCCUGAAUCACUAUCACACAAUGAGCAUAGAGAAACAAAGAAACAUGUCAUCAAUCAUCCACAAAACCAGCACUGUAACAUCAAGAAUUGACACUGAAAUGAACGACGGUUUGGAUGAAGAAUUAGUUGCAAGUUCCCAAGAAAUUGAAAGCACCUUACAUACAAUUCAUUCUUAUGAAGAAGUGCAAAACAAUCCAGUGCAGCAUGUCAUUGACUUACCAAUUGCUCAAAGCCCAGGGGGUUCGCUAAGAAUGAACCCAAUGUCAUUGUUUAAUGGUUGCACAUUUAAUAGUUCAAUCACAAUAAAUAUGAAAUAAUACUUCUAUACAUACAAGCGUAAAAUUAUGUAACAAUAAACGUAACUUAAAAAAAUGAUAUGAAUAAAAAAUAUCAUAAUAAAUAAACAACUAUAUAAAGUUAAUGAGUUAUUAUGUGUUCUUUUUUUAAAGUUUAUAUUUUUACAUAAUUCCUACCCCAAAUGAAGUAACGUCAAGGAUUUUAAAGGAUAUUAACUGUUAGAUACCAAUAUUCAAUAUUAUCAUGAGCUUACUGUUCUACUAAUUAUCUAUGAAAUCAUAAAUAAUCAUCCCAAAUUUUAACUGUCAUAAAAGACG